GAGGAAUGACCCCGACAUUAUGGGCAGCCUUCGAAGGCCACGUAGAUGCUCUGAGACUGCUGGUCGCUAGAGGAAGCACGUUUGACGAAAAAUAUAACUUCGUGUUUUGUCUACUCACACGAAACAUUGGUGCCCAUCAGGCACGAGGUCGUCGUGCCUCGUGAGCACGAUAACCCCACUACUUCAUAAUUAAUACUUGCCUCAACUGCAAGCCGCUCCAAAAUACUGUAGUUCCUCGACACUUCCGGCCGUUUAUCACGAAUACUUUGUCGAAUAUUUGCAGACAUUUAAAAUAAACGUUAAAAAUAAUCACAUCGAUCUCUAGUAAGUUAACAAAACGAUGGAUGUCGAUUCGAAUGGUCCGCUCUUGAAGGUCCCAUCGGGCCCUUAGUUCUGCUAUUGUAUAUCGUAAUAAUACAUGCACGGAACCGGAAGCACGCAUUACAGGUGUCCAUCGACUGCACAGUUGCGGAAACCGCGGUCGAGUGCAUGAAAAACAAUAGAACGCAUACUGACAAAAGAGGCGACCCGGACAAGACCGAUUACUUCGGGAAUACAUGCUUGCACUUGGCAGCGGCGAGGGGCCACGAAUUCUGCGUAAAAUUCUUGAUAAAAUUUGGUUGCAAUAUCUGGUCGCUGGACAUCGACCGGCACUCUGCCCGUGAACUUGCAGCGAUAAACGGUUAUGAGAAGAUUCUACAGUUCCUAGAUAUCGCUCAAGCUGAUCAGGAGUUAAAUAAUCGCAAAAAAAGCCGGAUGCUCCGGGAAAAGGCGGAGAGAGAUGCGGAGAAGAGAUUGAAAGAAUAUAUGAAGAAACAGAAAAUGGCUGAAAUUAGGGCGGAAAAAGAACAAAAGAAACUCAUAAAAGAUCGUGCUAAAUCAGACUUCGACGCAAUGAAUGAGUUGAACUCUCAACGGCCCGGGGUACUGACCUUUAGAAGCCGAAUGAAACCUUCGCCGACAUUUAGCGACAUCGUUGGUACCACUAUGAAGAAACACGGCAGCACAGUUUGUCGGAAAGCUUUAGCUAAAAAAGCCAUCAAUGACUUUAAAGUCGUAGAGGUCGAAGUAAAUGGAAAGAAGUCGGUUCGAAGUCUCACUGGCGUUCGUCGGGAUUCUGAAGUUAUGUACGUAGGCACGUAUGACACCCAGCCUCAACACAUGGGCAUUAGAAGAGGAAAGAUCUCUGAUGUAUGGGGCACUCUCAGUAAAUCCCAGAGCACGCCCGAUCUCUUAGGUGAAAGGAUAUACGAUGAGGAGGAGGAGGACAGAGAGGAAGAGAACUUGAAUGUUGCGAAGGACACCACUUUUCUUCAGGAACCAGCUAGUAUCUUCAAUCGACCUGGUUUCGGUUCGGUGGCUUUCAGAAGGGCGAUAACAUCUACGCUGGAUAAUCUACCGGUCACGCAGACAGAUGUUCAUCUACAAAACAGCAAUCUUUCUGCAAAUGGUUCUACAAACGGAUCCAUAAGCAGUAAUAAGUUCAGCCCAAACGGACACAAUGAAGAAAUUAGUAUAGGAAGUGCUGGCAGUUUGGCACGCAGACAAAGCUUGUGGGACGAGGAUCUUCUUUCAGAAGGUGAAGAGACAGACGAGGAAUGGACGCCUUUGCAGAGAUUUUUAGUCGCCAAUAAUCUUACGUCCAUACAUCCUAUUUUGGAAUCGGAGCAAAUCGAUCUGGAAGCUCUGAUGCUGCUCACUGAAACAGACAUAGCGGCCCUCAAACUUCCGCUUGGUCCGAGACGAAAACUCACUAAUGCAAUCGCCAAUCGAAAAAAAGCGCUGAGCACGCCGGAGAAUGUUAUCAAGGACAGUAGAUUGUGAAAGUAAUAUAUUGCAUAGCCAUAGAGAUGAACUGCUGGUAACAAAAUUAUCCAUCCACAAAUACGAUGAAGUAGCUAUUAAUGAUUUAUAUACAAGAGAUAAA